UUAUUUCAUUUUACAUUCAUACGUGUGUUAAAGUGGUGAUUGACGAAAUCGAAAAAGUCCUCCCAUUUUGUUUUUUUUUUGACUGUUUUUGAUUGAUUUCAAAGAUUGUCUGUUUUAUCUCAUUCACCACUAUCGUCGUCGGAAUUGCUGUAAUCAAAGGAUGUAAUUUCUUUUCUUUUUUUUCGUCGGAAUGAUAAUUUUUUUUUGUUCUCUGAAUUAAUCAUUCGAAUUUCGUUUUCAUUUUUUAGUUCGAAAAUUUUCAUUUAAAUGAAUCGUUGUUGUAUCGAGACAAAUGUUUUUUUAUAAUGGUGUAACCAACAGCAAUCAUGUCCAACGAUUGUAAUAAUAAUAAACACAUCGAUGGCUAUGAUUGUGAUUCCACCAAAACAUAUUCCAUAUUUAUGGUCAUGAAAUUUGUUAAAACUUUAAUGGUGAAAUUGUUUCCGAUUAAUAACAACGAUCAUAAUAUGGGCAAAUUGCUGAAUACAAAUUCAUCGAUUCGAUUCGAUGAAUUAUUUAAUUUUAAUCCAAUGGCAAGCCAAUUAAUUACAUCAUAUCAAAAAAAGAUCUGUCAUUAUGAUAAACAACAAUGGGAUCGAACAUCGGCUGCGAUUACGAUGGCAAUGACCACUGAAGAUCAAAUGACUGUGGGUGUCAAAAGCAAUAAAUCAUCAUUACAUUCACAAAAAGCUACACCAUCACAGUGGUCAUCAUCAAAUCAAUCAAAUUCGACUACGACAACUCCGAACAAUAUAAUCAAUGCUGAUCUUAUUGAUUUGGACCUAAUAUCUGGUUCGGCAUAUACGAUGAAAUCUAAAUCGCAACAAGGAUGGAUAUCGAUGCUAUUUCAGGCCAUUUUACGUGUCGCAUUCUUUCCUUUAUAUUUACGAUGGUGGGCCGAACAAACUAGCGCUUUUUUAGUCACCUUAUUAUUCAUUCUAUACAUCAUGCAAAUCAUUUCUAUUCGUCUUUAUUAUCAGAAAAAUAUAACAACUACAUUUAACAAUGCUUCAUUUAAUUCAUCAACGGCAACAAAUUCAUCAUCAACAUCAAAUUCAACAAAAUCGAAUGAAUUUUCCGAAAUUUCUGCAACAGAAGUUUUAAUGCCCAUUGCUAUGAUGAUUGUAUUGGGUAUUAUACAUACACAAAUUGUUGGUAUCAAAAAUUUCAAAUUAUCGUCAACAUCUUCAUCGUCAUCAUAUGGAACAUCAUCAUCGAAUACUAUAAACAACCACUCGAAUUUAUCAUCGACAAAUAAUGCUCACAAAACUCAUCAUCAUCAUCAUCAUCAUAAUCAUCAUUCAAGCUCGCACCAAACCGAUUGUUCAUCUACAUCCGGCAGCUCAUCGAGUAGUAGCAGUAGUACAAGCUCAUCGGUUGAUUCAUCACCGGUUGCUAAUGUUCAUCAACGAAUACAGAACCGAAUGGCACGUUUGGAGAAAUUUCAGAAUAAUAAUAAUCAUCAUUCAUCAAAUUCUUUACCCACGAAUUACCAGAAAUCACUUCUGCCAAAAACAAGUCCGAUCAAUUUGCCUAAAAUUCGUUUCUCCAAUGAGAAUGGCAACCAAACUAUUAACCGAUCACUUGAUGUUGACGAUGAUGAUGAUAAUAUGGUAAAUGAUUUUCCUGUCAUUCCUCCACGAAAGCGUGCCGAUUCACUGCCUAGAUCAUGGUCUAAAAAUAAACUUCGAAAACCAAGUCGGCUUCGAACUUCUAAAAAACCGACAAAACCUUCGUUCACAUCAUCAUGGAGUUAUGAAGAUGACCAUCUAAAUUCAUCACCUGUUUCAUUAAGAUCGAGUUUAUAUGGAAGUUCAAUCGACUCGGAAGGAACAAUUUCACCUAUGACGCCAACUGUCUUACAGGGCGAGGAAUGGCCAACCAUUCAAUCAGAUGCUUCAUCAUUCUUAGAUGAAGAAGAAAAUAAUGCACAAUAUGACUAUUAUCCUGAUCAUUCUCGUGUUCGGAAUUCACAGUACAAAAGUCAAUCAACAGUCGUUGAUGAAGAUUAUGAAAAUCAUGAUCCAACGCCAUCCAAUCAAUCGAAUCAAAGCGAUAAAACCUCUAAAAUUCAUAUAGCAGAGAAUGGUCCCACCAAUACACAACCACCAUCUUCAACAACAGCUGCUUCUGUACAAACUGUAUCGAAUGAAUUGAAAGUGAGCUGUUCAUUGUGGCAGCAUAAUGUUUGCCAGAAAUUUGACCUUUCCGUUGUCGAUAUAAGUUCAUCUAUUAUACGAAAAGUAGAAACGGUUGAACAUAGUAAUGAAUACAUCUAUUUGGGAAUUUUAUUCUCACUCACCGUAUCAUUAAUACCAUCAUUUUAUCGUCUACAAUAUUCAACUAAAGAUGGUCCAAGCAUUGCACAAAUAUUGAAUUCAUCUUCAUUAGCUGUUUCUAUCGCACAACCAGUUGCAGCAGCUGCUGCUGAUGUAUCACAUCUAUCCGAUCUUUAUGGAUUAUUGAAUUUUUUUCUUGAUGAAGCAUUCUAUUUCAAUCGUAGCGCACGUGUUCGUUUCGUUAUACUUACCGCAAUGAUUGAACGCUUUGUUCUAAGUUUAAUUUUUUUCUUCUUACUUUGUGUUACUGAACGAACUUUCAAACAGCGGUUCUUAUAUUCAAAAUAUUUUUCACAUAUAACACGACGUGAUCGUGCAAAACGGUCACAAAUUCCUCAUUUUCGUUUGCACAAAGUACGCAAUCUUAAAGUGUGGCUUUCAGUUCGAUCUUAUUUGCGACGAUACGGUCCACAUCGUUCGGUCGAUACAAUAUGCUCGACAACUUUCAUCAUAUCUAUUUGUUUAUUAACAUGUAUCAGUCUACAAAUACUUAAGGAUUCAAAUGAAUCCUGUACAACUCGAUUGAUCUGUUGGGAAAUGAUCUUCUGGAGCUUAGCAAUGGGCAUAUAUAUUAUGCGUCUUAUGAUACUUGGUUCUCGUAUCAAUCAGAAAUAUCGUUCCAAUUUAUCAGUAUUAAUUACUGAACAAAUUAAUCUUUAUCUUCAAUUAGAACGCAAACCACAUAAAAAAGAUGCCUUAAUGUUGGCUAAUCAGGUAUUGAAAUUGGCCGUCGAUCUACUCAAAGAGCUUGAAUCACCAUAUAAGAUCUCAGGUUUUAGCGCUAAUCCAUAUCUAUAUAAUAUAACUAAAGUAGUCGUGUUGUCCGCAUUUUCUGCCGUACUAACCGAAAUGUUAGGUUUCAAAUUGAAAUUAUACAAAAUCAAAUUGAUGCGUUGAACAAACCUUUCUCUCCUUUUACGUUUUGUGAUAAUGUUCCAAAACAUACCCCCAUAUUAACCAAUUCAGUAAGCAAGCUGCAAACAAAUAACUGAUUGUGAUUGUUCGUACAAUUUUAUCUAUGUGAUUAUGUAAUUUGAAUUG